GCCUCGAUCCGCAAAGGUCUUGGAUCUGGGCUGCGGAAAUGCGAAGCUGGCGGAGGAGAUGUACGACGAUGGCUUCGAGAACAUCACGGCCCUCGACAUAUCCGAGGUUGCCAUUGACUCGAUGCGCCAAAGGAACUCCGAGGCGCGUCCGAACAUUGACUGGGUCGUCGGAGAUGCCUUUGACCUGCAGUUGGAGGACGAAAGCUUCGAUUUGGUCAUUGACAAGAGCACGACGGACGCGGUGUCCUGCGAUGCGGACCACAUUCACGAGAACAUGACGCGGAUGUACGGCGAGGUCUUCCGAGUUCUGAAACCUGGAGGCACCUUCCUGGUGUUCAGCUCCGUCGUUGAUGUUCCGCAGGCUGCCUUGCAGCUGCCCCAUUUGUCCUUCGACGUGACGGAGAAGGAGAUCUACCGGCCCUUCUCCAAGCUCUUCGCGUUCUCCGCCAGAAAGCGCGAGGAA